AUGCCGAUAGCAUUAAGAAAUUUUCAAGCUGAUGUGAACAUCCUACAGGUUAAUUGUGCUUGUAACACAGAAAACAUAGCCAAAACCAAGAAUCACUCACAAAAGCAUAGUGCUGGGCUGCGAGGUGGGGCAGAAGCUGCUUCUGAUGCCGGAGGACUUCUUUUACCAGGUGUACUGUCCAUGGUGCUGGACAUUACAUUGGGUGGGCUCAGAGGGCUGGCUGGGUUCAGGAGGCUGUCCAACCAUCACACCAGGUGUGCACAGUGGCAGGAAGCGCCCACCCAGUACACGCUGCCUGAGGCGAGUGGCAGCAGCAUCAGCUCCGGCUGUGUAAUGGCACCAGACCUGUCAGUCCUAUGCAGCCGGCUCUUUGAAAGUGUGCCUCAGUUACUAGAGGCCAAGGACAAGAGGCCAAGGACAAGAGGCCAAGGACAAGAGGCCAAGGACAAGAGGCCAAGGACAAGAGGCCAAGGACAAGAGGCCAAGGACAAGAGGCCAAGGACAAGAGGCCAAGGACAAGAGGGCAAGGACAAGAGGGCAAGGACAAGAGGGCAAGGACAAGAGGGCAAGGACAAGAGGGCAAGGACAAGAGGGCAAGGACAAGAGGGCAAGGACAAGAGGGCAAGGACAAGAGGGCAAGGACAAGAGGGCAAGGACAAGAGGGCAAGGACAAGAGGGCAAGGACAAGAGGGCAAGGACAAGAGGGCAAGGACAAGAGGGCAAGGACAAGAGGGCAAGGACAAGAGGGCAAGGACAAGAGGGCAAGGACAAGAGGGCAAGGACAAGAGGGCAAGGACAAGAGGGCAAGGACAAGAGGGCAAGGACAAGAGGGCAAGGACAAGAGGGCAAGGACAAGAGGGCAAGGACAAGAGGGCAAGGACAAGAGGGCAAGGACAAGAGGGCAAGGACAAGAGGGCAAGGACAAGAGGGCAAGGACAAGAGGGCAAGGACAAGAGGGCAAGGACAAGAGGGCAAGGACAAGAGGGCAAGGACAAGAGGGCAAGGACAAGAGGGCAAGGACAAGAGGGCAAGGACAAGAGGGCAAGGACAAGAGGGCAAGGACAAGAGGGCAAGGACAAGAGGGCAAGGACAAGAGGGCAAGGACAAGAGGGCAAGGACAAGAGGGUGAAGGAGGACUGGAAGGGGCUGCAGAAAGCCUCCUUCCAAACAUCACCAUCUGUAGAUGUAAUUUUUGCACAGCUGUAUGUAUCUCCUUGA